AUGAGAGGUCGUAUCGAUGCCUGCGAGUGGGCAGACGAAAGUACAAAAAACCCGAUUUUACUUCCAAGGCAGAACGUCGCAACUCGUUUGGUGAUUGCAGACUACCAUGCUAAGUUCCGCCAUCAGAAUCACCGCUCAGUGCUUAAUGAGCUGCGACUCAAGUUUAACAUCCCUCGUCUACGUUCAGAACUAGAUCGUGUACGCAGAAAUUGCCAGCGCUGCAAGAUACGAGAUUCAAGGCCACGGCCUCCUGCGAUGGGAAACUUGCCACCCGCCCGUCUUGCUGCUUUCCAGCGACCGUUUUCAUACACUGGAAUCGAUUACUUCGGGCCGAUGACGGUACUAGUCGGCAGACGAGUCGAGAAAAGGUGGGGUGUUCUUCUUACCUGCAUGACAACCAGAAGUGUACACAUUGAAAUUGCACACUCUCUGACCACAGAUUCGUGCAUUCUUGUGCUUCGCAAUUUCAUUGCAAGAAGGGGUUUGCCAUUGGAAAUCAUCAGCGAUCGAGGAACAAAUUUCGUCGGAGCUUCCCGUGAAUUGCGCGAAGCACUGGAUCAUGUCGACGAGGAGAAGCUUAUGGUUGAAUUCGUUAGCUCCAACACAAAAUGGACGUUCAAUCCGCCAGCUGCUCCACACUUUGGUGGUUGUUGGGAGCGUCUGAUCCAGUCGAUCAAGAAAAUCAUGAACGACUUCAACCCGCCACGUCUACCAUCUGAUGAAAUUUUGCGUUCUAUGUUAAUGGAGAUCGAAAUGAUAUUGAAUUCAAGACCGCUCACUGACAUACCGCUAGAAAACGAUUCUGAAGCCCCCCUUACGCCGAAUCAUUUUAUGUUGGGUUCAUCUAAUGGGAGUAAGCCCCCGAUCAAGUUCGAUGAUAAGCCUACUGUACUGAAGCAAUCGUGGACGAUGUCGCAGCUGUAUGCCGACUACUUUUGGAAGAAGUGGGUGAAUGAAUACUUGCCUACCUUGACGCGCAGAACGAAAUGGUUCCAACCAGUGAAACCAAUCCAGGAAGGCGAUCUAGUAUUGGUUGCGGAUGGUAAUCUUCCAAGGAACUGUUGGCCUCGAGGACGGGUAAUUGAGGCCACUCAAGGCAAAGACAGACAAGUUCGUCGUGUUACUGUGCAGACGGCAAGCGGACUUCUGCAGAGACCAGCGACCAAGGUUGCAGUAUUGGACAUCGGUGCUAACGGUGGUAAGUCACUUGUUCGACAGUGA